UCAAUCGAAGUCGGGGGAUUGUCUCCUGGAUUAACUUGUAUUUGUGGGUUUUGUAUUAAUUUUCUUGGCAUUGGCGCGCUUGGAGACGUGUCCCAUUCACGCACACGCAGAGGCACGUCGCAGUCGGCCCAUCAAAAAGUCUGUGAUUCGAAAAUAUUCUCAUUUUAUUCGUGUUCGUCAGGAGCAUCGAGGGUGGGGUAUCUAUUUAUAAAUUUGGGGGAUGAUCCACGCGACGUCCACGCCCGGAGUGGCCACGUAACAGUGCAGGUGCAGGUGUAGGUGCUAGUGCUGGUGCAGCAAUGUCUUUCCGUGUGGUGCGUAGCAGCAAGUUCCGUCACGUGUACGGAACUGCCCUGAAGCGUGAGCAAUGCUACGACAACAUUAGGGUAUCUAAGUCUUCCUGGGACUCCACAUUCUGUGCCGUCAAUCCUAAGUUUCUUGCUAUCAUCGUUGAGUCUGCUGGAGGUGGUGCUUUCAUAGUCUUACCACAUAAUAAGGUGGGUCGGAUAUCUGCUGACCAUCCAUUGGUAGGUGGACACAAGGGCCCUGUGCUGGACAUUGCAUGGUGUCCACACAACGACAAUGUUAUUGCCUCAGGUUCGGAGGAUUGUGUUGUCAAAGUAUGGCAAAUUCCGGACGGCGGCAUCUCACGGACUCUUACAGAGUCUGUGGUUGAUCUUCAGCUGCAUCAACGAAGGGUCGGUUUGGUCCUCUGGCAUCCGACAGCUCUAAACGUAUUGCUCACUGCUGGUUCCGAUAACUUAGUCAUUAUUUGGAACGUGGGUACGGGCGAAGCACUCGUACGAAUUGACUCUCAUCCUGAUGUCGUGUACUCGGCCUGCUGGAACUGGGACGGGUCCCGGUUGGUCACUACAUGCAAGGACAAAAAAAUUCGUCUCCUGGAUCCCAGAUCUGGGGAAAUCAUCGAAGAGGCUAUUGCUCACGACGGUAGCAAAGCUACCCGCGCUAUUUUCCUAAGAGGAGGUCUAAUCUUUACGACAGGCUUCAGUAAAAUGUCCGAGAGGCAAUAUUCUCUACGUGCACCUGAUAUGCUAGGUGAACCUAUUGUCAUGGUGGAGCUGGACACUAGCAACGGUGUGAUGUUCCCGCUCUACGAUCCUGACACGAAUUUAGUAUAUCUAUGUGGUAAGGGCGACUCGGUAAUACGUUACUUCGAAGUAACGCCCGAGCCGCCAUUCGUCCACUACAUAAACACCUUCCAAACGCCUGAUCCCCAGAGAGGUAUUGGUAUGAUGCCGAAACGUGGCUGCGACGUUAACAGCUGCGAGAUCAGCAGAUUCUACCGUCUCAAUAAUUCGGGUCUCUGCCAAGUGAUAUCCAUGACCGUGCCCAGAAAGUCGGAGCUCUUCCAAGAAGAUCUAUAUCCUGACACUCCUGGCGACACUGCAGCAAUCUCUGCCGAAGAAUGGGAAAGUGGCACAGAUGCUGAGCCUGUUCUCAUAUCAUUGAGGGACGGUUAUCAACCAGCAGUCUCCAAGAACGAAUUAAAGGUUCAUAAAAAGGCCAACCUUUUGAGCAAAGGUGCAAAGGUAGCCUCCGGUGGUAGCACGCAAAACGUCAGUGGGCCGCCUGCGGCUGCUGUAUCGGACGAAGUGAUAAAGGAGUUCGCCGAGGAGAUAAGGAAGCUGAAGGCGAUGAUAGUCAAGCACGAAGGUAGAAUUCGUGUCCUUGAGGCUGCGGCAGCACUUCAAAUGAAGGAACAAGAGAGAAACGAGAAGCCGUCGUCGCCGUCCAAGGAAGUCUUCGCUUCCGACGAGGUUUGAGCGAAACUAACCCUCCCCAACUUGCUUCGGGCUGGGGAGCAAUGUUAAUGUUUUUUUUUCUUACGUGCUGAACAAAAAUCGCGUGCGAUUCGCUUUGCAAUGAAACAAAGAAACAAAAAAAAAUGCAGAUAUACACGACGGUAUUAUAUAUUUUGAUAUGACAAUUUGUGUAAAUACUAGGUACUAGCCGAGUUGCGUGUUUCGUCGCUUCCUACCUAUUUUCUUUUAUUAUUUAUUGUGCAUCCCAGAAUCAUCGUCUCUCGUUUUUAUCAUAUAAUGCCUAAUUCUUAUUUUCCUUUUCUCUUCAUCUCUUACAUCUAUCUGCUCCUUUUAUUCUCUAUUUUUAUUAAUCUUUUUACUCUUUCGUUAUUUCUUUUAAUUGAUCAGUCAAACAUUUUAUUAUUGUAUCUUGAAUGUAGAUUGUCCGUCGGAUCAUUUUAAAACGCGUCGGUUCUCGUUACCAAUUAUUACCGUUACCGUAUACAUAUAUAUUAUAUUUAAAAAAAUAUAUAUAUACUUUGCUAUAUCGUAUUGUAUAUUAUUGCUCCGAUUUGCAUUAUACGUGCCAAUUACAGAGCGGUAAACAUUUUUUUUUCAUAACAAACGAGUGCCUAAUUUGUACAGACAAUAUCCUGAUGUAAAGUAACAAUAAUAAGAGAAUUUUUCUAUUUGACUACA